AUGGACUCUCUUCACAAAAAACAAAGAACUACUUCUCUCGCUGAAACAAGUCGUGUAUCUAAAGGAAGAAUUGCUUUGAGAAAAUACAAGUCAAAGAAAAAUAAAGCAAAACAGUUGGAAGAAAUUCAAAAAUGUAAUAAAAAAAUUCCGAUGUAUUUUGACUAUUUAAAUCCUGAAAAAGUAGAAGAGAUUGAAUCUAGAAAUAAACAUGGAAGAAAAUCUAUUCGUUCCUCAAGAAAGAAUAUUGAUGAAUUAUUAAAAAAUCAACGUCAAUUGACUGAGUUCUAUGACGUUAUUGAAAAAAUAAGUGAACUUAGUAUUUCGAAAAAUGAAUCAUUGCAAGGUAAUGGCGAUAGUACGGCAAUUCGAAAGUCCAAUUCAAAUCUUGAGGACAAUAAUAUACAUAUAGAUGGUUUAAGUACCCCCGACAAAGACGAGACUCCUAAAAUAUCUAAAUCAACAAAAUUUAUUGGGAAAGUUUCUAUAAAUUCUGAUAAUGAUAUGAAUUGCGAUUAUCCUUCAAUUGCUUCUUCCCGGUUUGAUUUACAAAAUUCCUAUCAUCUUUCGAACUUCUCUAUCGAACCAAAUGAUUCUUUCAUUACAAUGUCAUCCCUUAUAAGUUCUCCAAAAUUUGCAACUAGCUCUGCAAUAAAUCAACUUAUCGAAUUAGAAGAUGACUCCAAAAUUCUAAGGGAAUCUACUAAUGAGGAGAGUAAUGGAUUUUUAGAAGACAAUUCACAAAUCUUAGAUCCAAGGAAUUCGUUGAAUCCAAAUGAAUCUUUUUGUAAUAAUAUAACUAUUCAAGUUGAAAAAUCAUCUAAUUCUGCAAUAAAACGACAUAAUGAAUUAGAAGUUGGCUCCAAAAUUCGAAGGGGAUCUAUUAUAGUGGAGAAUAAUGGAUUGUCAGAUACCAUACAAGACAGCCCACAACUGCCAAUUCCACGAAAUUCUUUGAAUCAAAAUAAGGAAACUUUUUGUAAUAACGUAACAAUUCAAGUUGAGAAAUCAUCUAACUUUGCAAUAAAUCGACUCAUCGAAUUAGAAGGUGGUUCCAAAAUUCGAAGGGGAUCCAUUAAUGUGGAGAAUAAUGGAUUGUCAGAUACAAUACAAGACAGCCCACAACUGCUAGUUCCAGGAAAUUCAAAUAAGGAAUCUUUUUGUAAUAUCGUAACUAAUCAAGUUGAGCAAUCGCGUUUUAUUAACAUGUCUAGUCACGUUAAAGUACCUUGCAAUAAUAAUUCCACUGACCAGGAAGAACCUCGAAAUAAGAAUUUGCCUAAUCAAGCUGAGGGAUCUUUUUAUAAUGUCUUAUCUUAUUACGUUGAUGAACCUCGUUGCAAUAAUGUGCAAGAUGAUUUUUAUGAUAAUGAAAUGGACCAUGUUGAGAAAGAAAACGCAAGGAAAUUCAUCAGUGUAGAAAACAAUUUGAUCAUAGACAACAAUAAUAAUUGCGAAAUAAGUAAAAUGCAUUUAAAUCAUAAAAAUGAGAGUGAUAAGCUUCAUAGUUAUACAUGGGAAAACGAAAUUAUUGACUUUCACAAAGAAGAACCCUUGAAAAAUAAGGAUAAUUCGAUUCAAAAAACUAAAAUGAACGAAGACGCAUCAAUUAUGAGACAUAAACAAUUGGAAAAGGAGGAAUUUAUAAUUCAAGAAAAACACUUGCCUUGUGUGAUACGAAAAGAAAAUGAGGAUAUUAUACAAGAAACUAACUUGAGAGACGCGUUUUUUAAGGAUCAUACAAUGCAAGAAACUGAAUUGGGUGGAAAUGUUCCUCAUAGUGUUCAAGAAGUAUCAUUGGUCAAAGAUAAUCAUAUUCCUCAAGGAACUAAUUUGAACGAAGAUAUCCCAAUCGAUCUUCAUUGUUGUUCUCAAUCGGAGAACAAUUGUGAAUUUCAUCGCAUUCAUGAUUUAUUGGAAAAAGAAAAUUAUAAUCCAGACUCAAUUAGUACUUUUGAAUCAAUGAAUUAUUCUAAUCCAAAUGAGUUUAAUGACGUUUCUAAUCAUAAGGAGUUAAUUGAUGUGUGCCAGGAACGAUCGUCACGGCCAGAUAAGAUUUGUUCUGUCAGAUCUUUUAAAGAUGGAAUUUCACCCGCACCGUCGCCACCAUCCUUACUCUCUCAAAACACAAUUGCCAGGAUACCUCAAGUUGCUUGGAAUACAUUGCCUUCAUUAAAUAUUUCUACUUUAGAUUUUGAUGAACUUUUAUAG